UUUAUGAUGCAUCAGCACCCGGAACUGCAGCUGAACUUCAUCUGACAAGAAACACUUCAGCGGCAGCUCAUCAUAAAGGUUGCUGCUGGAUGAUGAUGAUGGGGUCAGCGGGUCUGAUCGGGUUUCUGCGCGCGCUCUUCUCCGGUUGUUCGCCGUUCGGGAUCCUCGCGCUCUCCGGUGCGACGCUCCUGUGUGCGCUCGCGACGCGUCUCGCCCUCAAACGACGCGCGCUGCGGUGCUUCAAUCAGCCGCCGCAGAGAAGCUGGAUCAUGGGCCACAUGGGACUAAUGGGCCAUAAUGAAGAGGGACUGCAGGCCGUUGAUGAUCUGAUCAGGAGGUACGUUCACUCCUGUGCCUGGUAUCUGGGUCCGUUCUACAAUAUGGUCCGGCUUUUCCACCCAGACUACAUCAAAUCCCUUCUGACAGCCUCAGCAAACAUUACUUUCAAAGACAAGAUCUUUUAUGGGUUUAUGAAACCUUGGUUGGGCCAUUGUCUUCUGCUGCAGAACGGUCAGGAAUGGUCACGCCAUCGACGACUUCUGACUCCUGCGUUCCACUUCGACAUCCUCAAAAAAUAUGUUCACAUAUUCAACCAGUCCACCAACAUCAUGCAUGCUAAAUGGCGCCGCCUGCUGGCUGAGAAGCAGAACAGUCUGGAUAUGUUUGAGCACAUGAGCUCCAUGACGCUGGACAGUCUGCUCAAAUGCACCUUCAGCUGUGACAGUCACUGCCAGGGGAAACCCAGCGAAUACAUCGCAGCCAUUCUGGAGCUGUCCAAACUGCUGGUUCAGAGGCAGCAUUACCUUCCGUAUCACUGGGACUGGCUGUACUGGCGCUCCGAACCGGGACGGCGCUUUCGCAAGGCGUGCAACAUCGUGCAUCAGUUCACGGCUAAAAUCGUGCAAGAACGCCGUUCCCAACUCGACCAGCAGGGGCCCGCAAAGAACCGCACGGAAAACCUGGAAUACACUGGAGGCUACAAGAAAAAAGACACGGAUCUCAUUGAUUUACUGCUGCUGUCAAAAGAUGAGAACGGCGAGGGACUCACGAACGAGGAGAUCCAGGCUCAUGCAGAUAUGUUCAUGUUUGCCGGUCACGACACCACCGCCAGCGCGCUCUCCUGGAUCUUCUACAACCUGGCAAUGCAUCAGGAUCAUCAGGAGCGUUGUCGAGCUGAAAUCAGAUCCGUGCUGCGAGACGGAGACGAACACGACAUCAGUUGGGAGGAUCUGAGUCACCUGCCCUUCACCACUAUGUGCAUCAAGGAGAGUCUGAGGCUUCACUCGCCCGUUCUGGCGCUCACCCGCUACUACUCACAAAACAUGAAGACGCCCGGAGACUGCAUCAUUCCCCAGGGAAGUCUCUGUUUGAUCAGUAUUUAUGGUGUCCAUCGAAACCCUGAAGUCUGGCCUGAUCCAGAGGUUUACGACCCCAUGCGCUUCGACCCGGAGAACUCACACGGACGCUCGCCUCACGCUUUCAUUCCCUUCUCAGCAGGACCCAGGAACUGCAUCGGGCAGAACUUCGCUAUGGCAGAAUUGAAGGUGGUCGUGGCUCGGACUCUGUCGAGGUUCCGGAUCCUGCCGGGCCCCAAACCAGUGCGGCGUCUCUACCAGCUGGUGCUGAGAGCAGAGGGAGGCCUGCUGUUAAACAUCGAGACGCUCGAGGAAUCCCACAAAGAGUGACCAGCACGGAAACAUCUCACCGUUUAAUGCUUCCUGCGAUUUCUAUUUCAGUCAUUUAAUAUCAUUUCCAAACUUUGAAUGUGAAGUGUGUAAUGCCUCACUGGGGAGUUGUUGCAAACCAAAUUAACUGUUUUGUAAGUUUUCAAAGCGUUAUACUGCUGUAACUGCAUAUACUUCUCAUGCUUUGAUACAACAGAAAAUUGAUUUUGCUUAUAUAUUAAUAUAUUUGUCAUAUAUUCUGAUAAAUAUUGUAGUCUAUUUACGUACCAACUCUUGUUUGUGUUGUUUUUUCUUGAACAAAAUUCAAAUAAAUAUUUGGCACAGCAUUGUUUCAAAGUGUAAAUGAGCAGCAUUAUGUACUAAAAUAUAAACGUGCAUGGAUAUUAUUGGUGUGUGGAUACUAUGGAAGCCC